AUGGCUGCAUCUACCACUAAAACGAAAGAGGCGUUAGUAACUACACCUCAGCAGAAAUUUGAAGGACACACUGAUCAUGUCUGGCGUGUCAUACACCUGCCAGGUGGACAGCGGAUCAUCACUUGUUCAUGGGAUGGCUCGCUGCGAGUGUGGAACUUGAAGAGCGGGAAACAAAUAGGAGAAGACUGGAGAGACGGAGAAAAUGAAGUGGUGAGUAUGGCGUUGUCUCCGGAUGGGAAGAAAGUGGUUAGCGGGAGUGAUAAUGGAGUUGUGAGAUUGUGGGACAUGGACACGUGCAAAAUCAUUGCGAAAUGGACGGGGCACACAGACAAAGUGUGGUCUGUUUGCUGGAGUCAAGAUGGUCGGAGAGUAAAAACGCUUAUCUCCGGAUCAUUCGAUCACUCGAUUAGGACGUGGAACACAACCAAGUGGGAACAAAUCGCAGUGCUGGAUGAGCACACUGAUCCUGUCAUUGCCAUUGCAAUAUCACAGAAUAAUCGCAUCCUCACAAGCGCAUCGUCAGACAAAACAGCACGAUUGUGGAACCUCGACAAUGGACAACCCAUUAAUUGUUCAUCCCUCCAGCACGCAGGGCCAGUGUACUGUGUGUCAUUUUCUGCGGAUGGAAAGCGAUUAGCUACUGGCUGCUGCAACACAAAGGCGUACACAUGGGAUGUUGCUGCAAUCCUUAGAGAGGCUGGCCUCGACGACCUUCAUCAGUAA